CGUGCGCAGAGGCGUGGGAGGCCUGAGCAGUAAGCGGCCGGACGUGGACCCUGAGAGCCACUGGCAGGGAGGUGGGGGUCUUCCCACUUGGGAAGACACCGUGGCCCCGGUGAGCCCCUCCUGCGCCUCCUUCAUGCUCGCGUCCUGCGUAACCGUGGCGAGUUUUGGGCAGGGCCUCUUUGCCUUGCGCUGGGAGUUCCUGUCUGCAGCACAUCAGCUGCCCGGAGCUCUGCCCUGUGCCUGAGCAGCGUAAGCACCGCGGUGAGGCGGGUGGCCCCCCAGGAAUUGGACUGUCCGGAAAGGCCCCGUUCCCGCGUAGAACUUGAAUGCAGCUGAGGAACGUCCAGAGAGGCCUUGCUUUCCUGGUGGCGGUCUGGAAUGUGCUGGUGCCCUACGAGACACUGAACAAACGCUUUCGCGCCGCUCAGAAAAACAUUGACCGGGAGACGAGCCACGUCACCAUGGUGGUGGCCGAGCUGGAGAAGACACUAAGCGGCUGCCCCGCCGUGGACUCCGUGGUCAGCCUGCUGGACGGCGUGGUGGAGAAGCUCAGCGUCCUCAAGAGGAAGGCGGUGGAGUCCAUCCAGGCCGAGGACGAGAGCGCCAAGCUGUGCAAGCGCCGGAUCGAGCACCUCAAAGAGCACAGCAGCGACCAGCCCGCGGCGGCCAGCGUGUGGAAGAGGAAGCGCAUGGACCGCAUGAUGGUGGAGCACCUGCUGCGCUGCGGCUACUACAACACGGCCGUCAAGCUGGCACGCCAGAGCGGCAUCGAGGACCUAGUGAAUAUUGAGAUGUUCCUGACGGCCAAAGAGGUGGAGGAGUCCCUGGAGAGGCGUGAGACGGCCACCUGCCUGGCCUGGUGCCAUGACAACAAGUCCCGGCUGCGGAAGAUGAAGAGCUGCCUGGAGUUCAGCCUCAGAAUCCAGGAGUUCAUUGAACUCAUCCGGCAGAAUAAGAGACUGGACGCCGUGAGACACGCGAGAAAGCACUUCAGCCAAGCAGAAGGGAGCCAGCUGGACGAGGUGCGCCAGGCCAUGGGCAUGCUGGCCUUCCCGCCCGACACGCACAUCUCCCCGUACAAGGACCUCCUGGACCCUGCACGGUGGCGGAUGUUGAUCCAGCAGUUCCGGUACGACAACUACCGACUACACCAGCUGGGAAACAACUCUGUGUUCACCCUCACCCUGCAGGCUGGCCUCUCAGCCAUCAAGACACCACAGUGCUACAAAGAGGACGGCAGCUCCAAGAGCCCCGACUGCCCCGUGUGCAGCCGCUCCCUGAACAAGCUGGCGCAGCCCCUGCCCAUGGCCCACUGUGCCAACUCCCGCCUGGUCUGCAAGAUCUCCGGCGACGUGAUGAACGAGAACAACCCGCCCAUGAUGCUGCCCAACGGCUACGUCUACGGCUACAAUUCUCUGCUUUCUAUCCGUCAAGAUGAUAAAGUCGUUUGCCCAAGAACCAAAGAAGUCUUCCACUUCUCACAAGCCGAGAAGGUAUACAUCAUGUAGGCCCCACGUCGCCAAGCGCACGCCUCGGGGACGGGCUGCAGCGGGCGGGGAGGCCGCGCCUUCCUCCUGCCUCGCGCUCCAGCCUGCCGCGGCGUUUCUGUUUCUUGCGACCAAAGAUGAGUGAGCAACGAUAAAUACUCUUAGGAAGAGAGAAAAUAAGGUUUCAUAAGUUUGUACUUGAAAACAGCAUUUUGAUUGGUAGGAUUUUGUAACACGUCAACCAUUUGAUGCUUCUGAAAAGUACUUUCAACUUUCGAAGGAAACUUUUCUUUAAAGACUGACCUAAACACUGAGGGAAACUUUAGAACGUUUAAAAUAUAGGAGUCCAUGAUUUCCCUGUGUUUUCAGUUUCUUUCCUUCUGUGAACGAUGAGACUUGGAGAACGGGCUGGUCCUUCACCACCUCCCGUUGGCCCUGGCCCGGCCGGGGAAGGUGGCAGUGGCACUGGACUGACCUGCAGUGACCCGCGAUGCCGCGCCACAAGGGACACUCACGGCUUCAUUCGAGAGCUGCUGCCAAAAUGCCUGGCGCCGCCACCGUCGGGCUGGCUUCGAGGACGCCCGCCUGCCUCGCGGGCCGUGUCCGUGGGACUGUGUUCGUACGUGCGUAGUUUCGAUACCACAUCGCGGGGCUGUGUUGCUACGUGCGUAGUUUCGAUAUCACACCCUCCGUGUGCCGCCUUACUUCCUGCUUUGAGAAUGUAUAACGUGGAAAUCCACGGGACCAAGUUUCUGCAGAGGCCUUGCCGGAUGGUUCCAUAACUGUAGAGUCUAAAUACUAUCCAUUACAGAAAUUAAUCGUUCAGUUGAGAGAAGUACUGAUGACUUUUCAAAACAAAUGAACCAUCGUAGUUGACAGAGAACCAUAUUGUAGAGGUUUGUAGUUAGUGCUUAUUUUUGCAUGUUGAUGUUGACUAGCUAAUAAACUGUAAAUGUAAACCAUGCGAAUAAAAUGGUUUUCUAUUUCUCA